AUGGUCAUAUUAGCUUACGAUAGCUCCGAUGCGAAUUGUAAAUUUCCCUUGCGAACGAAAUCUUCAACACUAAAAGUGAUCACUGCUUUGGAUGUGACUGUGGUGGUACUUGCAAGUGGAUCUGCUAUUGCUUGCGGUCUCUUCAGCAUAAAGCCAACACAAGAGCUGAAUUCACGCUUAAACAAGAUCGACUUGGCCUUGCAUUCAUUUUCGAAUUUUAAAAACGACCGCAUCAAAUCCAUCAUAAUAGCCAUGGUUCCGUUAAUGUUUAGCGCAACGAUAAUGGGAUAUGAUUUCUAUGUGUGGAUAACACUUGAAUCGAAGAGUGGCAUAAAUAACUCAAUUAAUGAUGAAAAAGAGACACCAAAAAAUAGUAUGAAAAUCACUGCAGAAAAUAUUUCAACACUUCACGACAGUUGGAAUACUAAGUCGUUGCAUAAAGAAAGCUGCGUCAAAACACGGGUUGCCCUCUUGAAGUCACUUGCCGAUAACCAAGAAUCAUUGGGCAAAUGUGUGCAGAUUUUUUCCCGCACUUUUGGGCUUGCUAUACUUUUCAUUCUGGCUUCCUGCAUGAUGCACUUGGUGCUCGCGGCAUAUUUUCUACUUUUAGCUUUGCUGAGUCGGAAUGUAACCGAUUAUGUGUGGGAUCAAGUGAUUUGGAUCGUUUUGCAUAUACUCAGGCUGAUAUUGGUGGUGGAACCAUGCCAUAUCGCAACGACGGAGUCUAAGAAAACCAUAGAAAUUAUGUCCGAACUCAAGCGCGAAGUGAGUGAACCGCUGCUGAUAGAGGAGAUUAAAAAGUUAUGGCAGCAGUCUGUUGUUCUUGAUGUCAAUUUCUCGGCGCUAGGACUUUGUCGUAUCAGUAGAAAUAUAUUGACGUCGUUUAGCUCAGCAAUUGCUACAUAUCUUGUUAUUUUAAUACAAUUCCAAGAGUAGGACGAAUAAUGGACGCUCACGAAAUGGAUAGCCUAAUUUCGGCUGCACCAGAAAACGAAACAAAAACAAAAC